AGGUCGGAAGAAUUUAAUCGGCGCACCGCUUGAACUUUCACCCCUGCGUUUCUUUUGUUGUCAUAUCGCAGAGCAUCACUACGCUGCGUCAAACUUCGUUUACCAAUGACACCAUCUUAAAUAACGAACCCAAUAUGCUUCAAACUAGUUGGCGUUAUCUCAAAUGUACGGUUUAAAAGUAUGUUUUGACCGUAAUGGCUGAAUCAGUUGCGCCAACCCUCUGACGUUAGCUGCGCAGCAUCACCAUGGAUCUUAGUUUCAUCAGAUUUUUCAUCUAACCUCUUCCUAAAAACGAUCGUCAGUCAGCACAUCUAACAACCGAGUGUAUUUUGUAUUUUUUGGACACAUCUGUAAAGCCUACAUUUUGAGACAACAAAGGAAGACAUUGAAGAUCUUUCAAUGGGCGAAGAAAAGCCAGAGACACUGGAUUUUGUGAAGGACUUUCAGGAGUACCUGAGUCAGCAGACCCAGCAUGUCAACAUGAUAUCUGGCUCCGUUAUUGGAGUAAAAGACGGAGAUGCGAUUCAAGGAGAUCUUGGCCAGAAUGGCCUGGAGCACCCAGCAGUGGAUAUGUCCUUAGAGGAUGGUUCAGGGAUGUUGGUGGAUGGCUUUGAGAGAACAUAUGAUGGUAAACUUAAGUGCCGCUACUGCAACUAUGCCACAAGGGGCACAGCACGGCUGAUCGAGCACAUUCGUAUUCACACAGGUGAAAAACCCCAUAGAUGCCACCUGUGUCCUUUUGCCUCAGCAUACGAGCGCCACCUGGAGGCGCACAUGCGCUCUCACACAGGUGAGAAGCCCUACAAGUGCGAGCUCUGUUCCUUCCGAUGCAGUGACAGAAGUAACCUUUCCCAUCACCGUCGUCGUAGACACAAACUCCUACCCAUGAAAGGUGCCCGCUCCUCUCUCUCUCACCGCAAGAUGCUCAGUGUUCUGCAAAAGAGAGGAAGCUCUUUGGGUUAUGGCCGUCGCCUGCUGAUUAACCUCAACCCACCAUCCAUGGUACUGCAGAAACCCGGCUCUGAGCAGCAGCACCUGGGUGACUUUAGUCACGAUCUGCCUUCUCAUACUCACCUUCAUCAUGAAACCUAUAAUGGUCUUGUAAAGGAUCCACAAGCCAGUGGAUCAAUAGGAGGUGGCUCUAGAGAAGACCAGGACAUGGCAUUGGACAACCCUCUAAACCAGCUUUCUACUUUGGCAGGUCAACUUGCCAGCAUUCCACCGGAAGCUCAUGGAGCCCCAGUAUCUCCUGGAGCCGAAUCUUUACCGGAUGAGAAACCAACAUUCCUUGUCCAGCAGCCUGUAAUGGCACCUGCUGCCGUCUCUGUCGGUUCUGCCCAGGCUUCCUCUCCCAUCACCCCAGAGCCCAGACCGGCUGCGCACAGCGGCUGUAGCCCAGGGGUAGGACCCUGCAGUGAGAGAACCAGCACUCCCAGUGGUACCAACAGUCAGCCAGGAACACCCACCCCAGUACAGGAUCCCCAGACACUCCACCACUGCCCCCACUGCCAUAUAUAUUUCCCAGACAACAUCCUCUACACCAUCCACAUGGGAUGCCAUGGUUACGAGAACCCUUUUCAGUGUAACAUAUGUGGAUUCAGAUGCAGGAACAGCUAUGACUUUGCUUGUCACUUUGCAAGAGGCCAGCAUAAACAGUGACACAUUCAACAGCUUUGGGUGUUGCUGGUCUGUUUUUGUCCCGUUUGACAUAAAAGUCAACUUUUAGUAUCUGUAACAUUCCAAAGACAAAAUUGGAUAACCGUGCUUUGUAUUAAGUUCUUGAGUUCUUUUAUGAGAUCUAUUAUUGAUCAUUAGCCUGAAGUCAAUGAAGCACAUUUGGAGUGUUCAUUUUGGUGAAAAUGGCAGGAAUAUGGGUGAUGACAUAUGACACUUUACUUCAAAUGUUAUCAUGUUUGAGGGUCUAAUUCAAGAUUCUAAGGAUUUACUCACCUUUGUAAUCAUCCUCAUAGAUGUUGCCACAAUAUUUGUAAGUGCCAGACUUAUUAAUCAGUGCCUGCAGUUGUUUUCCUGAACCUGAGAGUUUAUUGAAAGUUUAGAUUUCAACAGUGCUUACAUUUUAGUUUGAAAAAGUCAUUUGCACCGUUUGUUAAUACUGCUCCCCUAUUUAUUUAUUAAAAUGUUUUAUUAAAAGUAACUUAUAAUUAAACUUAAAUAAUUAUAAUUAAAAAUUAUUGUUUGCUUACUGGUUGAAAGACUUGUAAUAUUUAAAGUGAAAUAAAUCAACACGGUUGUAAUCGAAAACAAAAUUGUAUCGACUGUUUUUUAUCAGUUAGCAGUAGUGUCCCAUAAGAUUGUUGUCCAAAUGUACCAUUUUACUGUUGUUGCCUGAGAUUUACUCGUUCUCUAGAAAGAUAGCACAUGACUGUGUACACUGGUUUGGUAAAGCAGUGUUAAGGAUUGUGUUUGGGCAGUGAGAGCACACUGUUCCCCCCUCCUUCCACCAGUGCCAUGCUGUAGAUGUUAUUUGUAAUGUUUUGGAAACGUCUGUGGUGCUACAAUAAAAGCAUUUCAUAUGAUUGUCUGCAUAUUGAAGUUAAAAGUAUUGUAUAACAUGUUUUGGUGAAAUUUGUUAACUUUCAAUAAAUCUGAAUAUACUGUA